AUGUACUGCACUAUUCACUCAUUAGGCAUAGCUCCUAUCUCCUCCUCAGACCUUACAAUACACUCAUUCCACCUUGUUUGGAUCUCGCUCCCUUGUCGAGUCGUUUGCCAUAUGUCCCCUCCUCAGCUCAUGCAAGAUUUCCUCCGCUCCAUCAGUACGGAAAAACUACGAAUCUACCUGGGCCACGACGGGUUGAAAAAUCAACUCGCCGCAAACGAAAAGAUGCAUGCCCCAGUCGGUUCAGUUGCCCUCGCUAUCGCUCCUAGCGUUCGUACAGUCCAAAACCUCACUUCCAGACUAUUCACGCUAGAUCCUCUCCUUAACUGUCUCUGUGGGUAUUCAGACUUAGUAAUGCCAUUGAUAAUAAACGCGUUUCUCAUAAUCGAACUCCCACACCGCAACUUUCCAGCAUAUGCAAAAGCAGUCUGCUUGAGAUAA